AUGAGGUCCUUCAUAGCGCUCUCAGCGCUCCUAGCAGUUGCAACAGCACAAUCGGUCACAGCCACAGACGCCUCACAGUCAUUUGAUAUCGUGCCAACGUCGACACCCACACCAUCAUCAAUAGACGACAUUGACCUUGACCCGACAACCACAGAGAAUGUUUCUGGACCGAUAGAGACGAGCCAGGCUUGUGGAGACAUAGCCGAGCUAGUGGCGGAUGACUUCUCAGAGUUUCCAGUCGUGGAUGCCGCACUAGCGUACGCAUGCCUCAAGUCACUGCCUUUCUACUCAACCUCCGCAUCAUCGACAGUGGAUGAGAUCAAGAAGAUGGUGGAAUUUCAGUCGACGCUCAAUUAUCUCAAAGACCCACCGAAGGGAUGGCCGAAUGACGCUGUCGAUAUCGUUGCCGGCUUAGACAGCAUCAAAAGCAACGUCGAAUCCGGACAAUACAGCAAUGAAUUCGACUUUGAAAAUGACAUUGCAUCUUUGAUGGUGAAGGCGCACGAUGGGCAUCUCGGCUGGAACGGUAUGGCAUAUGCAGGAGUCUUCAGAUGGCGAAGAAGCAGCGCUUUUGCUUUGGUCUCAGCGUCAAGAGAUGGGAGCGAGAUGCCCCAAAUCUGGGCUUUGGGGGACUUCAAUGGCACUGUUGAUUAUGAACCUUCGCCGGUCACACAAAUCGACGGAAGGGACGUUGUACAGUUCUUGACGGACGAGGCGAAUUUGAACUCUUACCACGAUCCGGAUACUCGGUUCAAUGCCAUGUUCUUUUCACAGGCCGCAGAAAACUAUGGGUACUUUACCAGUCCAAGGUUUUACCCUGGUUCUACGACGAACAUUACUUUCGAGAACGGAACAACCGAUACGUAUAGCAAUGGUGCCAUUGUUGUGGAUCCUCAGACUUGGAGCUAUGUCAGCGAUCCUGAGUCAUUCUAUGAUACAUACAUUAGACCCGAGACGAGCUCAUUUAGGGUCAAGAAGAGGGAUCCUACUAAACUACCCAUGCAUUUAGAGAACCCGCGCGACUAUGAAUUCAGGGGUACAUUUGCCCAACAACACGGCUCAGUGCCAUUGCUUUACCCAGAUCCGGUCGUUGCUCACUCGGCGGAUCAGGUGCCUUUGGCCGGAUUCUUCAUCAAUACCAAUGCUGGCGAAAUCGGUGUUCUUGUAGCAACGACAUUCAAUACCGAGGACGUUGCAGGUGCACAGGAAUUCCAAUCCGUAAUUCAGGAGUACAUCUCGCAAGCCCAAUCCCGUGGCGUGGAGAAACACAUUAUUGAUAUACGUGCCAAUAAUGGUGGCAAAGUACUCUCGGGGUAUGAUAUGUACCUACAAUUCUUCCCAUCCCAGGAACCUCAGACACAGAACCGAUAUCGCGGACACCGAGCCAGCGAGGUCUACGGCGAGAGUAUAUCUAGCUUCAAGGAGAUUAACCUCCUCAACGCCGAACUCUUCACGAGCCCCUUCAGCAACGACGCCUACCUCUCUUCCACUGGCGAAGAUUUCCCAGACUGGAAAGCCAUGUACCCGCCCGAGCGAUUCAACAACGACAAGUUCACCGCCCUACUCAAAUACAACUUGAGUGAUCCUCUGACAACAAGCAACGAGCGUACCGCCGUAGGAAUCACCAUGACAGGCUACAACUCGAGAAGCAACUUCACUACGGACCCCUUCCGCGCCGAGGACAUAAUUUUGCUAACUGACGGCGUCUGCGCCUCAACAUGCUCCAUCUUCACCGAACUCAUGGUCCAACAGUCCGGCGUACGAAGCCUCGCUAUUGGCGGCCGCCCUAGCCUUGGUCCCAUGGUAGCCGUCGGUGGCACAAAAGGCACCUUGGUAAUCCCUUCCCUCUACAUGGAAGCCCUCUCCGAAUACGUCACCUCGCAAUUCGCGUCGUCUCGCUCCGAAGCAAACGACUGGGCCGAGUUCCUCCCAUCAACUCCGCCCAUCGCCGUGAUCGAUGCUAGCGUCAACUUCCAGGACAACAUCCGUGCAGGCUUUGAGUCGGCGGGCGUACCAACACAGUUUCUCAACGAUACGGCGAGUUGUCGGAUCUGGUACGAGCCUGAGGAUUACUUCAAUGUGACAAGGUUGUGGGAGAAGACGGCCAAUGUGGCGUUUGGAAACAACGGAGGCAUGGAUGAGGGCGCUUGCGUGGCAGGAAGUGUAACGAACAAGGAACAGCAACAAGGAAAAGGAGAUUCGAAUCCGGAAAGUUCCGGAGAUGGAAGUGCGCAAGGGGGUGAUGAUGAUGAGGAUGCGGCGAGUGGACUAAGAGUAGGCUGGGUUCACCUGCUUGUCUCUGUCGGCGCUGUCGCGCUGAGUUUCUGUUUGAUGUAG